ACACUGACUGUGGUCCGAACAAGGUGCAUGCAUCAGUUUUGUGCCUCCCUCAACUCUGAGGACAAGAAAGCGAACUGCAGCUACAGACGACAGUCACACAAUAUCCAUCUCGAGUCUGACCGUGCAGACUUGCCUCAAGGAGAGAGAACAGUGUUCUUAGGAACGAAUGCGUGGGAGUUGCUCACUUCACUCGCAUCCUUUUCCUAGUGGACGAUUGAAGGCGCAUUGGGAGCCCCUUUCCGACCGAGGGAUAGCGAGCUGGCGGAGAGAGGAACCAGUGCGUCGUCGGUAGACAGAAGAACAGGGCAGUUCCUCCGGACUAUCCAUUUCUAUUAAGUCACAGGCGGUAUCGGAAUCUGGGGGAACCGUGUUUUUUUUUUUUAAAUCGUGUCUUUCAAAGGAAUGGACUCGAGAUAGGGGGUCUCAAUUUGCCUCUUUCUUGACAGGGAGUUGCCGUUGGGAGAUAUGCGUAAGGAUGUUUGGAAACAGCAGUAGUAGGUAACCGAUAGGAUGGGGGCCAGGGAAGCGAGUGGGCACAGCUACCUGGUGGCUUGCUGGCAGCCCAUUCUGAUUCUGAUGCUGGGCACCGUACUGUCCGGUUCCACCACAGGUUGCCCGUCCCGCUGUGAGUGCAAUGCCCAGGAGCGCUCAGUCAUAUGCCACCGCAAGAAGCUUAUGUCCGUCCCUGAGGGCAUCCCCACAGAAACGCGGCUGCUGGACCUCAGCAAGAACCGCAUCAAGACCAUCAACAUGGAUGAGUUCGCAACCUACCCCAACCUGGAGGAGCUGGAGCUCAACGAAAACACCAUCUCCGCUAUUGAGCCCGGCGCCUUCAACAACCUGUACGGCCUCCGGACAUUGGGGCUGCGCAGCAACAAGCUCAAACUCAUCCAGCUGGGUGUGUUCACGGGCCUCAGCAACCUCACCCAGUUGGACAUCAGUGAGAACAAGAUAGUCAUCCUGCUGGACUAUAUGUUCCAAGACCUGUACAACCUGCGCUCCAUGGAGGUGGGCGACAAUGACUUGGUAUUCAUCUCCCACCGGGCCUUCCAUGGUCUCAGCAGCCUGGAGCAGCUGACAUUGGAAAAGUGCAACCUGACCUCGGUGCCCACCGAGGCCUUCACCCACCUUCACAGUUUGAUCUUUCUCAGGCUGCGCCACCUCAACAUCUAUGUUAUUAAGGAUUACUCCUUCAAAAGACUGUACCGGCUGAAAGUGCUGGAGAUCGCCAACUGGCCCUACCUGGACACCAUGACCUCCAAUUGCCUCUAUGGACUGAACCUCACCUCGCUGACCAUCACCAAUGGCAACCUGACCUCCAUCCCAUACGUGGCUCUCCGGCACUUGGUCUACCUACGGUUUCUGAAUCUGUCCUAUAACCCCAUCCACACCAUUGAGGGGAAUAAGCUCCAUGACCUUCUGAGGCUCCAGGAGUUUCACCUGGUUGGGGGCAGGCUGGCUAUGAUCGAGCCCUACUCCUUCCGGGGCCUAAACUAUCUGAAGAUCUUCAAUGUGUCUGGCAAUGCCUUGAGCACCUUGGAGGAGUCUGCGUUCCACUCGGUAGGCAAUCUGGAGACUCUGGCGCUUUACGAUAACCCCUUGGCAUGUGACUGCCGGCUGCUGUGGGUGUUCCGGAGACGCUGGAGGCUCAACUUCAACCGGCAGCAACCCACCUGCGCUUCACCUGAGUUCGUACAGGGAAAAGAGUUUAAAGAUUUCCCGGACGUCCUGCAGCCCAACUACUUCACGUGUCGCAAGUCCAGGAUCCGGGACCGCAAGGCGCAGCAGAAAUUUGUGGACGAGGGAACUACUGUUCAUUUUGUAUGCCAGGCGGACGGUGAUCCCGCCCCAGUCAUCAUGUGGCUCUCACCCCAGAAGCAGUUCAUCACGACCAAAACCAUCGGACGGCUCACAGUAUUCCCAGAUGGCACCCUUGAGGUGCGCUACGCGCAGAUUCAGGAUAAUGGAACAUAUGUGUGUAUAGCCAGCAACGCCGGUGGCAAUGACACAUCUCUCGCCCACCUGCACGUCCAUAGCUACUCUCCAGACUGGCCUCACCAACCCAACAAGACCUUUGCAUUCAUCUCCAACCAGCCCAAUGAGAAUGGUGGAAAUGGGACACGAACCAACGUCCCGUUCCCCUUCGACAUCAAGACCUUAAUCAUCGCCACCACUAUGGGUUUCAUAUCUUUCCUUGGUGUCGUCCUGUUUUGUCUGGUGCUACUCUUUCUGUGGAGUAGAGGUAAAGGGGCCACAAAGCACAACAUAGAGAUUGAGUAUGUGCCACGCAAGUCAGACGCUGGGAUGAGCAGCAGCAACGCAGACGCCCCUCGCAAGUUUAACAUGAAAAUGAUUUAACGGGACCUAGGGAGCAAACAGACUCUUAACUUGAAAUUGUAAAAAAAAAAAAAAACGUCAAAUCCUCCCUUACAAAUCUGUGGAUCCGGGGAUGUAAUCAUGAAGUAAUCUGUUUUCCCUGACUUAACUGUUGGAGACGGAGAGAGAAGUUCCUUGCUUUCGUAAUAUGUUGAGUAUAUGAGGGGGAUGAUAGCAAAGCAGACGCUCCACAGCGUUGGCAAUUUCUGCAAGGCCUUUAGGUACGUUUGUUCGAAAGCUAAUUUUGUUGUGUGCGAUUCAUAUUCUUGUGGAUUUAUAUUGGGAAGAAAUUAUAGAAAAAAAGAGAUGAACCCUUCUCUAUGUAUGUAAUAACCUGCCUUCACUGUCCUUUUGCCUGUGUUCUUAGUUUAUAGAUUUUUUACAGAAAUUGAAAUAUUUGUUUACCAAAAUGUUAAGAGUAGAUUGUAUGGGUUGAUGAGCACAUUUAAACAAUCCCUUCUGGUACUUUGUCAGUCAGAAUAUACAGUACCAGUCAAAGGUUUGGACACACCUACUCAUUCAAGGGUCUUUCUUUAUUUUUACAAUUUUCUACGUUGUAGAGUAAUAAUGAAGACAUCAACACUAUGAAAUAACACAUAUGGAAUCAUGUAGUAACCAAAAAAAGUGUUAAACAAAUCAAACUAUAUUUUAGAUUUUAGAUUCUUCAAAGUAGCCACCCUUUGCCUUAAUGACAGCGUACCACACUAUUUUCAUUCUCUCAACCAGCGUCACCUGGAAUACUUUUCCAACAGUCUUGAAGGAGUUCCACAUAUGCAGAGCACUUGUUGGCUGCUUUUCCUUCACUCUGCUGUACAACUCAUCCCAAACCAUCUCAAUUGGGUUAUGGUCGGGUGAUUGUGGAGACCAGGUCAUCUUGAUGCAGCAUUCCAUCAAUCUCCUUCUUGGUCAAAUAGCCCUUACACAGCCUGGAAGUGUUUUGGGUCAUUGUCCUGUUGAAAAACAAAUGAUAGUCCCACAAAGCACAAACCAGACGGGAUGGCGUAUCACUGCAGGAUGCUGUGGUAGCCAUGCUGUUUAAGUGUAAAUAAAUCAAUGACAGUGUCACCAGCAAAGCACCCCAAUACCAUCACAACUCCUCCAUGCUUCACGGUGGGAACCACACACACAUGCAGAGAUCAUCCGUUCACCUACUCUGCGUCUCACAAAGACAUGGCUGUUGGAACCAAAAAUCUCCAAUUUGGACUCAUCAGAGCAAAGGACAGAUUUGCACCGGUCUAAUGUCCAUUAAUCAUGUUUCUUGGCUCAAUCAUGUCUCUUCUUCUUAUUGGUGUUCUUUAGUAGUGGUUUCUUUGCAGAAAUUCGACCACGAAGGCCUGAUUCUCGCCAUCUCUUCUGAACAGUAGAUGUUGACAUGUGUCUGUUACUUGAACUCUGUGAAGCAUUUAUUUGGGCUGCUAUUUCUGAGGCUGGUAACUCUAAUGAAGUUAUCCUCUGCAGCAGAGGUAACUCUGGGUCUUCCUUUCUUGUGGCGGUCCUCAUGCGAGCCAAAGUUCUUGAAAUUUUCCAGGUUGACUGACCUUCAUGUCUUAAAGUAAUGAUGGACUGUUGUUUCUCUUUGUUUAUUUGAGCUGUUCUUAGCAUAAUAUGGACUUGGUCUUUUACCUAAUAGGGCUAUCUUCUGUAUACCCCCACUACCUUAUCACAACACAACUGUUUGGCUCAAACGCAUUAAGAAGGAAAGAAAUUCCACAAAUGUACUUUUAACAAGACACACCUGUUAAUUGAAAUGCAUUCCAGGUGACUGUGUGAGUGUGCAAAGGUGUCUUCAAGGCAAAGGGUGGCUACUUUGAAGAAUCUCAAAUAUAAAAUCAUUUUUAUUAAUUGUUUAAUACUUUUUCUGGUUACUACAUAGUUUUGAUGUCUUCACUAAUAUUCUACAAUGUAGAAAAUAGUAAAAUAAAGGAAACCCUUGAAUGAGUAGAUAUGUCCAAACUUCUGACUGGUGUGUAUAUAUAUAUAUAUACACACACACGGAACAUAUAUAUAUGUUUGUGUGUAUAUAGGUGUUCUGUAUCUCGUCCAUAUCAUUCACUACAGUCGUGGCCAAAAGUUUUGAGAAUUACAGAAAUAUUAAUUUCCACAGUUUGCUGUUUCAGUGUCUUUAGAUAUUUUUGUCAGUUUUUACUGUGGAAUACUGAAUUAUAGUUACAAGUAUUUCAUAAGUGUCAAACCCUUUUAUUGACAAUUGCAUGAAGUUGAUGCAGAGUCAAUAUUUGUAGUGUUGACCCUUCUUUUUCAAGUCCUCUGCAAUCUUGUGUCAGGGCUGAGGUGCAGUGGAAAUGUUUUUGGGGGAUUGAGUUCAUUUGCAUGGCAAAGAGGGACUUUGCAAUUAAUUGCAAUUCAUCUGAUCACUCUUCAUAAAAUUCUGGAGUAUAUGCAAAUUGCCAUCAUACAAGCUGAGGCAGUAGACUUUGUGAAAAUUAAUAUUUGUGUCAUUCUCAAAAACUUUGGCUACGACUGUACACUUUACAUUAAGUUGUUUUCAUACCUGUGGAGCGCAAUGUAAUUCCUCUAGUAAACACAUUGUUUUUAGUGGAGUAACAAUGUUACAUAAUUAUUUAGUAAUUGCAUUGUAAUGGUAUAGUAUUUGAGUUACUGUUUCUUAGUCUACUCUUUAUUGUGUCAUAACAAACAAUGCACAAUUCCAUUACUAUGCAUUUACAAAGCAAAGACAACUUUUUACAAUUACUAUAACAUGUUACUAAAAUAGCAACUUAAUUUAAACUGUUACCAGGGGAGUUUCAAAUACGUAAUAUUGUUGGCAUAGUUUUAUUGUAUAUAAGGUUAGCUGAGUCAUUGCUCUAUAGCGGCUUUUGGUUCGAACAUGGUUCUUCUCAAAACCCCUCUAAAUGUAUUAAUUCAUUUAUUAAGAUUAGAUCUCAUUAUCUCUUUUCUUGUGCUAGACACUGUGGCACACAAUGUUUAUUGGCCAUAAACAUUGCAUUAUUUUAUCAUAUUUCAUCAAAUAUAAUGAUAAUAUACAGUGCAUUCACUCCCCUUAACUUUCUCCACAUUUUGUUGUGACAGCCUGAAUAUAAAAUGGUCACUGAUCUACACAUAAUACCACAUAAUGUCAAAUACAAAUGAUUUAAAAUUGAAAAAGGUAUUCAAUCCCUUUUAUGGCAAGCCUAAAUAAGUUCAGGAGUAAACAUUUGCUUAAUAAAUUGCAUGCACUCACUCCGUGUGCAAUAAUAGUGGUUAACAUGAUUUGUUAAUAACUAUCCCAUCUCUACCCCACACAUGCAAUUGUCUGUAAGGUCCCUUAGUCGAGCAGUGAAUUUCAAGCACAGAUUUAACCACAAAGACCAGGGAAGUUUUCCAAUGCCUGACAAAGGAACGGAACCGAUUGGUAAAUAUAAUGAAGCAGACACUGAAUAUCCAUUUGAGCAUGGUGAAGCUGUUUAUUAGGCUUUGGAUGGUGUAUGAAUACACCCAGGUACUACAAAAAUACAGACUUCCUUCCGAACUGAGUUGCCGGAGAGAAAGAAAACCGCUCAGGGAUUUCACCAUGAGGCCAUGGUGAUUAUAAAACAGUAACAGAGUUUAAUGGCUGUGAUAUGACAAAUCUGAGGAUGGCUCAACAACAUUGUGGUUACUUCAAAAUACUAACCUAAAUGACAGAGUGAAAAGAACGAUGCCUGUACAGAAUAGAACAAUAUUCCAAAACAUGCAUCCUGUUUGCAACAACUGCAAAAUUCUGCAGAAAUUGUGGCAUAGGAAUUCCAUUUUUGUCCUGAAUCACUGGGUACCAUUCUCAAUAUUUUCAAUCGUGGGGGUGGCUGCAUCAUAAUAUGGGUAUGCUUGUCAUCAUAAAAAUAAAAGGAAUGUAGCUAAGCACAGGCACAAUCCUAGAGGAAAAUCUGGUUCUGUCUGCUUUCUAACAUACACUUAGAAACUAGUUCACCUUUCAGCAGAACAAUAAACUUAAAACACAAAACCAAAUCUAUACGAGUUGCUUACCAAGAUGACAUUGAAUGUUCCUGAGUGGCGUACUUAGAGUUUUGACUUAAAUCUGCCUCAAAAUCUAUGGCAAGACUUGACAAAUCUGUCUAGCAAUGAUCAACAAACAACUUGACAGAGCUUUCUAAAGAAUAUGCAAAUAUUCCACAAUCCAGGUAUGCAAAGCUCUUAGACUUACUAAUACAUCUUGAUUAGAUAAGUAUUGGGUGUUUUCAUUUUCAUUAGUACAUUUUUUUAUUUUUUUUGCGUAGAUUGAUGGGGGGGGGGGGAAUGUAAAAGACAAUUAAAUCCAUUUAAACCCUACUUUGUAACACAACAACAUGUCGAAAAAGUCUAGGGGCGUAAAUACUUUCUGAAGGCACAGUAAUUUUAUUAUAUUAUCUAUUUAUUUUUGUUUUUCUCUGGGGAGCUCAAAUCAGCCUAAUCGAAAAUGUGGUGUUUUUAAACAUAGUCUAUAUGCAAACAAUGAACAAUGCCACAAAUAACAGAAAUGACACAUAACACACACACACACACACUUCUCUCUGUUCAGAAGAUAAUCCAGCAAUAAAAUGUUUGGAUGCUACUGUUGAUUACACUCUAUAUGACAACAACUGAUGGUAUAUUCCAUUGCAUAUUAUUGCAUGAAUACCUUGGUAUCUGUUUAUCUGCUGCCUUUUGAAGUAUGCUACAGUGCACUCUAAAGAGUCUUACAUAAUGGGCUUAUGUUGUGCUUAACAUUUUUAUGGAGAAUAAAAGUUGGGAUGCUCUACUUUGUUAUUAAUGUGCUCAGCAACCUGUAAAACACUUAAUCUCAUGUUAGGGAGCUUUGGUUGUCAGAAAUAUUAUUGUUUGAAUUUCUCGACCCUCUGCAACCACACCCCCAUACAAAAAUUCCUUUGCAGGUUUAUUUUACUAUGUGAUAUCCCAAAAAAGGGUGUAAAGAAUUUUUUUAAAGUAACUUCCUGCUGAUCCUCCUGGAUAUACAGUAUGUGUAAUGAAUGCCCUUAUCUUUUCAACUACACACUGUGGACAGCUGGGCUUUGCGGAUAUGUGCAGGAUAAAGGCUAUGUUAUUGAUGAUGGAUGACAUUCCAGACAACGACACACAGUAACGGGUUGGAAGUAUGGACUGAAUAUGCAGAUGGUGCAUCGACACAGAUGGUUUCACCCAUGGAGUGGUCUGAAGCAAGCAGCUUUGGAGUAAUCCGUUUUGCUGAAAACCAUGGUUCCCUCCCUGGCUGAUUAUGAAUGCUCGCUUUGUUCAAAGUGUGGCAACUGUACUUAGUCUUUUGGUCCCGGUCGAGUCAGAGAUUCAUGGGAACCUAAUUUCUUUCUCUUGUUCCUUUUUUUUAUUUUGACCCAGGACUAUGUUGAACAUGUAGUCCCAGCCAACUUUAUAUGAAAAUAUAUUUAAAAAUCCAUGAAAAAAAAUCCAUUAAAAUUGUUCUGUGCAAUAAAGGUAAUAUGCAGAUUUU